AUGCGAGAAAAUGUAUUAAACGUUGAAGAACUAGAGAGUUCACCGGAGCUCACUGCAUCUGAAACUGAACCACCAAUAAACCAAAUUCAUAUAACUGAAACAAAUAACUCAGUGGAAGAGGAGAAUCUCAUUUGCUCAGAAGAUGUACCUGUAGUAACCUCAGAAUCGACAAUAAUCUGUGAAUCAAAUAAUGCAAUAGAAUCAAAUGAAUUAAUACCAGAUACAGUUGUGGAAGUACAAUGCGAGCAAGUCGAAUUAAUAUCUUCUUUAACAACAACAGAUAAUGAAACAUGUACUGCACCUGCUUCCGAGGAAAAUGUAUUAAACGUUGAAGAACUAGAGAGUUCACCGGAGCUCACUGCAUCUGAAACUGAACCAUCAACAAACCAAAUUCAUAUAACUGAAACAAAUAACUCAGUGGAAGAAGAGAAUCUUAUUUGCUCAGAAGAUGUACCUGCAGUAACCUCUGAAGCGACAAUAAUAUGUGAAUCAAAUGAAUUAAUACCAGAUACAGUUCCGGAAGUAAAAAGCAAGAAAGUCGAAUUAGUAUCUUCUUCAGCAACAACAGAUAAUGAAACAUGUACUGCAAUUGCUUCCGAGGAAAUUGUAUCAAACGUUGAAGAUCUACAGAAUUCACCGGAACACAGUGUAACUGAAUCUGAACUACAAACAAACCAAAUUGACAUAGCUGAAACGAAUAACUCAGUGGAAGAAGAGAAACUAAUUUGCUCAGAAGAUGUACCUGUAGUAACCUCAGAACCGACAAUAAUCUGUGAAUCAAAUAAUGCAAUAGAAUCAAAUGAAUUAAUACCAGAUACAGUUGUGGAAGUACAAUGCGAGCAAGUCGAAUUAGUAUCUUCUUUAGCAAUAACAGAUAAUGAAACAUGUACUCCACCUGCUGCCGAGGAAAAUGUAUUAAACGUUGAGGAACUAGAGAGUUCACCGGAGCUCAAUGCAUCUGAAACUGAACCAUCAACAAACCAAAUUCAUAUAACUGAAACGAAUAACUCAGUGGAACAAGAGAAUCUUAUUUGUUCAGAAGAUGUACCUGUAGUAACCUCAGAACCGACAAUAAUCUGUGAAUCAAAUGAAUUACUUACAGAUACAGUUGUGGAAGUACAAUGUGAAGAAAUUGGAUUAGUAUCUUCUUUAGCAACAACAGAUAAUGAAACAUCUAUCGCACUUGCUACCGAGGAAAAUGUAUCUAAUGUUGAAGAUCUACAGAAUUCACCGGAGCUCACUGCAUCUGAAACUGAACCACCAAUAAAUCAAAUUGAUAUAGGUGACGCAAACUACUCAAGGGACGAAGAAAAUCCUAUUUGCUCAGAAGAUGUACCUGUAGUAACCUCAGAACCGACAAUAAUCUGUGAAUCAAAUGAAUUAGUACCAGAUACAGUUGUGGAAGUACAAUGCGAGCAAGUCGAAUUAGUAUCUUCUUUAGCAACAACAGAUAAUGAAACAUGUACUCCACCUGCUUUCGAGGAAAAUGUAUUAAACGUUGAAGAACUAGAGAGUUCACCGGAGCUCACUGCAUCUGAAACUGAACCAUCAACAAACCAAAUUCAUAUAACUGAAACGAAUAACUCAGUGGAAGAAGAGAAUCUUAUUUGCUCAGAAGAUGUACCUGUAGUAACCUCCGAAGCGACAAUAUUAUGUGAAGAAAACAACACAAUAGAAUCAAAUGAAUUAGUAUCAGAUACGGUUGCAGAAGUACUAUCUGAAGAAGUCGAAUUAAUUUCUUCCUUAGCAAUAACAGAUAAUGAAACAUGUAUUGCACCUCCUUCCGAGGAAAAUAUAUCAAACGUUGAAGAACCACAAAAUUUACCGGAGCUCACUGCAUCUGAAACUAAACCAUCAAUAAACCAAAUUGAUAUAACUCAAACAAAUAACUCAGUGGAAGAAGAGAAUCUUAUUUGCUCAGAAGAUGUACCUGCAGUAACCUCAGAACCGACAAUAAUCUGUGAAUCAAAUAAUGCAAUAGAAUCAAAUGAAUUAAUACCAGAUACAGUUGUGGAAGUACAAUGUGAAGAAAUCGAAUUAGUUUCUUCUGAAGCAACAACAGAUAAUGAAACAUGUAUUGCACCUGCUUCCGAAGAAAAUGUAUCAAAUGCUGAAGAUCUACAGAAUUCACCAGAGCUCACUGCAUCUGAAACUGAACCACCAAUAAACCAAAUUGAUAUAGGUGACGCAAACUACUCAAGGGAGGAAGAAAAUCUUAUUUGCUCAGAAGAUGUACCUGUAGUAACCUCAGAACCGACAAUAAUCUGUGAAUCAAAUAAUGUAACAGAAUCAAAUGAAUUAGUAUCAGAUACAGUUGUGGAAGUACAAUGUGAAGAAAUCGAAUUAGUUUCUUCUGAAGCAACAACAGAUAAUGAAACAUGUAUUGAACCUGUUUCCGAGGAAAAUGUAUCAAACGUUGAAGAACCACAAAAUUUACCGGAACUCACUGCAUCUGAAACUAAACCAUCAAUAAACCAAAUUGAUAUAGCUGAAACAAAUAACUUAGUGGAAGAAGAAAAUCUUAUUUGCUCAGAAGAUGCACCUGUAGUAACUUCCGACCCGACAAUAAUCUGUGAAGAAAACAACACAGCAGAAUUAAAUGAAUUAGUAUCAGAUACAGUUGUGGAAGUACAAUGUGAAGAAAUCGAAUUAGUUUCUUCUGAAGCAACAACAGAUAAUGAAACAUGUAUUGAACCUGUUUCCGAGGAAAAUGUAUCAAACGUUGAAGAACCACAAAAUUUACCGGAACUCACUGCAUCUGAAACUGAACCAUCAACAAACCAAAUUCAUAUAACUAAAACGAAUAACUCAGUGGAAGAAGAAAAUCUUAUUUGUUCAGAAGAUGUACCUGUAGUAACCUCAGAACCGACAAUAAUCUGUGAAUCAAAUAAUGCAAUAGAAUCAUACGAAUUAAUACCCGAUACAGUUGUGGAAGUACAAUGCGAGCAAGUUGUAUUAAUAUCUUCUUCAGCAACAACAGAUAAUGAAACAUGUAUUGAACCUGUUUCCAAGGAAAAUGUAUCAAACGUUGAAGAACCACAAAAUUUACCGGAACUCACUGCAUCUGAAACUAAACCAUCAAUAAACCAAAUUGAUAUAGCUGAAACAAAUAACUUAGUGGAAGAAGAAAAUCUGAUUUGCUCAGAAGAUGUACCUGUAGUAACCUCAGAACCGACAAUAAUCUGUGAAUCAAAUAAUGCAAUAGAAUCAUACGAAUUAAUACCAGAUACCGUUGUGGAAGUACAAUGCGAGCAAGUUGUAUUAAUAUCUUCUUCAGCAACAACAGAUAAUGAAACAUGUAUUGUACCUGCUUCCGAUGAAAAUGUAUCUAAUGCUGAAGAUCUACAGAAUUCACCGGAGCUCACUGCAUCUGAAACUGAACCACCAAUAAACCAAAUUCAAAUAACUGAAACGAAUAACUUAGUGGAAGAAGAGAAUCUUAUUUGCUCAGAAGAUGUACCUGCAGUAACCUCAGAACCGACAAUAAUCUGUGAAUCAAAUAAUGCAAUAGAAUCAAAUGAAUUAAUACCAGAUACAGUUGUGGAAGUACAAUGUGAAGAAAUCGAAUUAGUUUCUUCUGAAGCAACAACAAAUAAUGAAACAUGUAUUGUACCUGCUUCCGAUGAAAAUGUAUCUAAUGCUGAAGAUCUACAGAAUUCACCGGAGCUCACUGCAUCUGAAACUGAACCACCAAUAAACCAAAUUCAAAUAACUGAAACGAAUAACUUAGUGGAAGAAGAAAAUCUUAUUUGCUCAGAAGAUGUACCUGUAGUAACCUCAGAAUCGACAAUAAUCUGUGGAUCAAAUAAUGCAACAGAAUCAUAUGAAUUAGCACCAGAUAGUGUUGUGGAAGUACAAUGCGAGCAAGUUGAAUUAAUAUCUUCUUCAGCAACAACAGAUAAUGAAACAUGUGUUGCACCUCCUUCCGAAGAAAAUGUAUCUAAUGCUGAAGAUCUACAGAAUUCACCGGAGCUCACUGCAUCUGAAACUGAACCACCAAUAAACCAAAUUCAUAUAACUGACACGAAUAACUCAGUGGAAGAGGAAAAUCUUAUUUGCUCAGGAGAUGUACCUGUAGUAACCUCAGAACCGACAAUAAUCUGUGAAUCAAAUAAUGCAAUAGAAUCAUACGAAUUAAUACCAGAUACAGUUGUGGAAGUACAAUGCGAGCAAGUCGAAUUAAUAUCUUCUUCAGCAACAACAGAUAAUGAAACAUGUAUUGAACCUGCUUCCGAAGAAAAUGUAUCUAAUGCUGAAGAUCUACAGAAUUCACCGGAGCUCACUGCAUCUGAAAUUGAACCACCAAUAAACCAAAUUCAUAUAACUGACACGAAUAACUCAGUGGAAGAAGAAAAUCUUAUUUGCUCAGAAGAUGUACCUGUAGUAACCUCAGAACCGACAAUAAUCUGUGAAUCAAAUAAUGCAAUAGAAUCAUACGAAUUAAUACCAGAUACAGUUGUGGAAGUACAAUGCGAGCAAGUUGUAUUAAUAUCUUCUUCAGCAACAACAGAUAAUGAAACAUGUAUUGAACCUGUUUCCAAGGAAAAUGUAUCAAACGUUGAAGAACCACAAAAUUUACCGGAACUCACUGCAUCUGAAACUAAACCAUCAAUAAACCAAAUUGAUAUAGCUGAAACAAAUAACUUAGUGGAAGAAGAAAAUCUUAUUUGCUCAGAAGAUGUACCUGUAGUAACCUCAGAACCGACAAUAAUCUGUGAAUCAAAUAAUGCAACAGAAUCAUACGAAUUAAUACCAGAUACAGUUGUGGAAGUACAAUGCGAGCAAGUUGUAUUAAUAUCUUCUUUAGCAACAACAGAUAAUGAAACAUGUAUUGCACCUCCUUCCGAAGAAAAUGUAUCUAAUGCUGAGGAUCUACAGAAUUCACCGGAGCUCACUGCAUCUGAAACUGAACCACCAAUAAACCAAAUUCAUAUAACUGAAACGAAUAACUCAGUGGAAGAGGAAAAUCUUAUUUGCUCAGGAGAUGUACCUGUAGUAACCUCAGAACCGACAAUAAUCUGUGAAUCAAAUAAUGCAAUAGAAUCAUACGAAUUAAUACCCGAUACAGUUGUGGAAGUACAAUGCGAGCAAGUUGUAUUAAUAUCUUCUUCAGCAACAACAGAUAAUGAAACAUGUAUUGAACCUGUUUCCAAGGAAAAUGUAUCAAACGUUGAAGAACCACAAAAUUUACCGGAACUCACUGCAUCUGAAACUAAACCAUCAAUAAACCAAAUUGAUAUAAUUGAAACAAAUAACUCAGUGGAAGAAGAGAAUCUCAUUUGCUCAGAAGAUGUACCAGUAGUAACCUCAGAAUCGACAAUAAUCUGUGAAUCAAGUAAUGCAAUAAAAUCAUAUGAAUUAAUACCAGAUACAGUUGUGGAAGUACAAUGCGAGCAAGUCGAAUUAAUAUCUUCUUCAGCAACAACAGAUAAUGAAACAUGUAUUGAACCUGUUUCCAAGGAAAAUGUAUCAAACGUUGAAGAACCACAAAAUUUACCGGAACUCACUGCAUCUGAAACUAAACCAUCAAUAAACCAAAUUGAUAUAGCUGAAACAAAUAACUUAGUGGAAGAAGAAAAUCUGAUUUGCUCAGAAGAUGUACCUGUAGUAACCUCAGAACCGACAAUAAUCUGUGAAUCAAAUAAUGCAACAGAAUCAUAUGAAUUAGCACCAGAUAGUGUUGUGGAAGUACAAUGCGAGCAAGUUGAAUUAAUAUCUUCUUUAGCAACAACAGAUAAUGAAACAUGUAUUGCACCUGCUUCCGAAGAAAAUGUAUCUAAUGUUGAAUAUCUACAGAAUUCACCGGAGCUCACUGCAUCUGAAACUGAACCACCAAUAAAUCAAAUUGAUAUAGGUGACGCAAACUACUCAAGGGAGGAAGAAAAUCUUAUUUGCUCAGAAGAUGUACCUGUAGUAACCUCAGAACCGACAAUAAUCUGUGAAUCAAAUAAUGCAAUAGAAUCAAAUGAAUUAAUACCAGAUACAGUUGUGGAAGUACAAUGCGAGCAAGUCGAAUUAGUAUCUUCUUUAGCAACAACAGAUAAUGAAACAUGUACUCCACCUGCUUCCGAGGAAAAUGUAUUAAACGUUGGAGAACUAGAGAGUUCACCGGAGCUCACUGCAUCUGAAACUGAACCAUCAACAAACCAAAUUCAUAUAACUGAAACGAAUAACUCAGUGGAAGAAGAAAAUCUUAUUUGUUCAGAAGAUGUACCUGUAGUAACCUCAGAACCGACAAUAAUCUGUGAAUCAAAUAAUGCAACAGAAUCAUAUGAAUUAAUACCAGAUACAGUUGUGGAAGUACAAUGCGAGCAAGUCGAAUUAAUAUCUUCUUCAGCAACAACAGAUAAUGAAACAUGUAUUGAACCUGUUUCCAAGGAAAAUGUAUCAAACGUUGAAGAACCACAAAAUUUACCGGAACUCACUGCAUCUGAAACUAAACCAUCAAUAAACCAAAUUGAUAUAGCUGAAACAAAUAACUUAGUGGAAGAAGAAAAUCUCAUUUGCUCAGAAGAUGUACCUGUAGUAACCUCAGAACCGACAAUAAUCUGUGAAUCAAAUAAUGCAAUAGAAUCAUAUGAAUUAGCACCAGAUAGUGUUGUGGAAGUACAAUGCGAGCAAGUUGAAUUAAUAUCUUCUUUAGCAACAACAGAUAAUGAAACAUGUAUUGCACCUGCUUCCGAAGAAAAUGUAUCUAAUGUUGAAGAUCUACAGAAUUCACCGGAGCUCACUGCAUCUGAAACUGAACCACCAAUAAAUCAAAUUGAUAUAGGUGACGCAAACUACUCAAGGGAGGAAGAAAAUCUUAUUUGCUCAGAAGAUGUACCUGUAGUAACCUCAGAACCGACAAUAAUCUGUGAAUCAAAUAAUGCAAUAGAAUCAAAUGAAUUAAUACCAGAUACAGUUGUGGAAGUACAAUGCGAGCAAGUUGAAUUAGUAUCUUCUUUAGCAACAACAGAUAAUGAAACAUGUACUCCACCUGCUUCCGAGGAAAAUGUAUUAAACGUUGAAGAACUAGAGAGUUCACCGGAGCUCACUGCAUCUGAAACUGAACCAUCAACAAACCAAAUUCAUAUAACUGAAACGAAUAACUCAGUGGAAGAAGAGAAUCUUAUUUGCUCAGAAGAUGUACCUGUAGUAACCUCAGAACCGACAAUAAUCUGUGAAUCAAGUGAAUUAGUUACAGAUACAGUUGUGGAAGUACAAUGCGAGCAAGUCGAAUUAGUAUCUUCUUUAGCAACAACAGAUAAUGAAACAUGUACUCCACCUGCUUUCGAGGAAAAUGUAUUAAACGUUGAAGAACUAGAGAGUUCACCGGAGCUCACUGCAUCUGAAACUGAACCAUCAACAAACCAAAUUCAUAUAACUGAAACGAAUAACUCAGUGGAAGAAGAGAAUCUUAUUUGCUCAGAAGAUGUACUUGUAGUAACCUCCGAAGCGACAAUAUUAUGUGAAGAAAACAACACAAUAGAAUCAAAUGAAUUAGUAUCAGAUACAGUUGUGGAAACACAAUGCGAGCAAGUCGAAUUAGUUUCUUCUGAAGCAACAACAGAUAAUAACACAUGUAGUGUACCUGCUUCCGAGGAAAAUGUAUUAAACGUUGAAGAACCACAAAAUUUACCGGAACUCACUGCAUCUGAAACUAAACCAUCAAUAAACCAAAUUGAUAUAGCUGAAACAAAUAACUUAGUGGAAGAAGAAAAUCUUAUUUGCUCAGAAGAUGCACCUGUAGUAACUUCCGACCCGACAGUAAUCUGUGAAGAAAACAACACAACAGAAUUAAAUGAAUUAGUAUCAGAUACAGUUGUAGAAGUACAAUGUGAAGAAAUCAAAUUAGUUUCUUCUGAAGCAACAACAGAUAAUGAAACAUGUAUUGCAUCUGCUUCCGAAGAAAAUGUAUCUAAUGUUGAAGAACAACAAAAUCUACCGGAGCUCACUGCAUCUGAAACUAAACCAUCAAUAAACCAAAUUGAUAUAGCUGAAACAAAUAACUUAGUGGAAGAAGAAAAUCUGAUUUGCUCAGAAAAUGCACCUGUAGUACCUUCCGACCCGACAGUAAUCUAUGAAGAAAACAACACAACAGAAUUAAAUGAAUUAGUAUCAGAUACAGUUGUGGAAGUACAAUGUGAAGAAAUCGAAUUAGUUUCUUCUGAAGCAACAACAAAUAAUGAAACAUGUAUUGUACCUGCUUCCGAUGAAAAUGUAUCUAAUGCUGAAGAUCUACAGAAUUCACCGGAGCUCACUGCAUCUGAAACUGAACCACCAAUAAACCAAAUUCAAAUAACUGAAACGAAUAACUUAGUGGAAGAAGAAAAUCUUAUUUGCUCAGAAGAUGUACCUGUAGUAACCUCAGAAUCGACAAUAAUCUGUGGAUCAAAUAAUGCAACAGAAUCAUAUGAAUUAGCACCAGAUAGUGUUGUGGAAGUACAAUGCGAGCAAGUUGAAUUAAUAUCUUCUUCAGCAACAACAGAUAAUGAAACAUGUGUUGCACCUCCUUCCGAAGAAAAUGUAUCUAAUGCUGAAGAUCUACAGAAUUCACCGGAGCUCACUGCAUCUGAAACUGAACCACCAAUAAACCAAAUUCAUAUAACUGACACGAAUAACUCAGUGGAAGAGGAAAAUCUUAUUUGCUCAGGAGAUGUACCUGUAGUAACCUCAGAACCGACAAUAAUCUGUGAAUCAAAUAAUGCAAUAGAAUCAUACGAAUUAAUACCAGAUACAGUUGUGGAAGUACAAUGCGAGCAAGUCGAAUUAAUAUCUUCUUCAGCAACAACAGAUAAUGAAACAUGUAUUGAACCUCCUUCCGAAGAAAAUGUAUCUAAUGCUGAAGAUCUACAGAAUUCACCGGAGCUCACUGUAUCUGAAACUGAAACACCAAUAAACCAAAUUUAUAUAGGUGACGCAAACUCCUCAAGGGAGGAAGAAAAUCUUAUUUGCUCAGAAGAUGUACCUGUAGUAACCUCAGAACCGACAAUAAUCUGUGAAUCAAAUAAUGUAACAGAAUCAAAUGAAUUAGUAUCAGAUACAGUUGUGGAAGUACAAUGUGAAGAAAUCGAAUUAGUUUCUUCUGAAGCAACAACAGAUAAUGAAACAUGUAUUGAACCUGUUUCCGAGGAAAAUAUAUCAAACGUUGAAGAACCACAAAAUUUACCGGAACUCACUACAUCUGAAACUAAACCAUCAAUAAACGAAAUUGAUAUAGCUGAAACAAAUAACUUAGUGGAAGAAGAAAAUCUUAUUUGCUCAGAAGAUGCACCUGUAGUAACUUCCGACCCGACAAUAAUCUGUGAAUCAAAUAAUGUAACAGAAUCAAAUGAAUUAGUAUCAGAUACAGUUGUGGAAGUACAAUGUGAAGAAAUCGAAUUAGUUUCUUCUGAAGCAACAACAAAUAAUGAAACAUGUAUUGCACCUGCUUCCGAAGAAAAUGUAUCUAAUGCUGAAGAGCUACAGAAUUCACCGGAGCUCACUGCAUCUGAAACUGAACCACCAAUAAACCAAAUUCAUAUAACUGAAACGAAUAACUCAGUGGAAGAAGAAAAUCUCAUUUGCUCAGAAGAUGUACCUGUAGUAACCUCAGAACCGACAAUAAUCUGUGAAUCAGAUGAAUUAGUUACAGAUACAGUUGUGGAAGUACAAUGCGAGCAAGUCGAAUUAAUAUCUUCUUUAGCAAAAACAGAUAAUGACACAUGUAUUGAACCUGCUUCUGAGGAAAAUGUAUUAAACGUUAAAGAACUACAGAAUUCACCGGAGCUCACUGCAUCUGAAAUUGAACCACCAAUAAACCAAAUUCAUAUAACUGAAACAAAUAACUCAGUGGAAGAAGAGAAUCUCAUUUGCUCAGAAGAUGUACCUGUAGUAACCUCAGAACCGACAAUAAUAUCUGAAUCAAAUGAAUUAGUACCAGAUACAGUUCCGGAAGUACAAUGUGAAGAAAUUGGAUUAGUAUCUUCUUUAGCAGCAACAGAUAAUGAAACAUUUAUUGAACCUGUUUCCAAGGAAAAUGUAUUAAACGUUGAAGAACUAGAGAGUUCACCGGAGCUCACUGUAUCUGAAACUGAACCAUCAAUAUACCAAAUUCAAAUAACUGAAACGAAUAACUCAGUAGAAGAAGAGAAUCUUAUUUGCUCAGAAGAUGUACCUGUAGUAACCUCAGAACCGACAAUAAUCUGUGAAUCAAAUAAUACGAAAGAAUCAAAUGAAUUAGUAUCAGAUACAGUUGUGGAAGUACAAUGCGAGCAAGUUGAAUUAGUAUCUUCUUUAGUAACGACAGAUAAUGAAACAUGUAUUGCACUUGCUUCCGAAGAAAAUGUAUCUAAUGCUGAAGAUCUACAGAAUUCACCGGAGCUCACUGCAUCUGAAACUGAACCACCAAUAAACCAAUUUCAUAUAACUGAAAGGAAUAACUCAGUGGAAGAAGAAAAUUUUUUUUGCUCAGAAGAUGUACCUGUAGUAACCUCAGAACCGACAAUAAUCUGUGAAUCAAAUGAAUUAGUACCAGAUACAGUUCCGGAAGUGCAAUGUGAAAAAAUUGAAUUAGUAUCUUCUUUAGCAGCAACAGAUAAUGAAACAUGUAUUGAACCUGUUUCCGAGGAAAAUGUAUUAAACGUUGAAGAUCUACAGGAUCCACCGGAGCUCACUGUAUCUGAAACUGAACCAUCAAUAAACCAAAUUCAAAUAACUGAAACGAAUAACUCAGUAGAAGAAGAGAAUCUUAUUUGCUCAGAAGAUGUACCUGUAGUAACUUUUGAAGCGACAAUAAUAUGUGAAGAAAACAACACAAUAGAAUCAAAUGAAUUAGUAUCAGAUACAGUUGUGGAAGUACUAUCUGAAGAAGUCGAAUUAGUAUCUUCUUUACCAACAACAGAUAAUGAAACAUGUACUCCACCUGCUUCCGAGGAAAAUGUAUCUAACAUUGAAGAACCACAAAAUUCACCGGAGCUCAUUGCAUCUGAAACUGAACUAUCAAUAAACCAAAUUGAUAUAGCUGAAACGAAUAACUCAGUGGAAGAAGAGAAUCUUAUUUGCUCAGAAGAUGUACCUGUAGUAACCUCUGAACCGACAAUAAUCUGUAAAGAAAACAACACAAUAGAAUCAAAUGAAUUAGUAUCAGAUACAGUUGUGGAAGUACAAUGUGAAGAAAUCGAAUUAUUAUCUUCUUUUCCAACAACAGAUAAUGAAAUAUGUAUUGCUCCUGCUCCUAAAGAAAACGUAUCUAAUGCUGAAGAUCUACAGAAUUCAUCGGACCUCACAGCAUCUGAAACUAAACCAUCAAUAAACGAAAUUGAUGUAGCUGCAUCAAAUGACUCAGUGGAAAAAGAGAAUCUUAUUUUCUCAGAAGAUAUACCUAUAGUAACCCCUGAAUCAACAAUAAUAUGUGAAUCAAAUGAAUUAGUUACAGAUACAGUUGUGGAAGUACAAUGCGAGCAAGUCGAUUUGGUAUCUUCUUUAGCAACAACAGAUAAUGAAACAUGUAUUGCAAUUGCUUCCCAGGAAAAUAUAUCUUUUGUUAAAGAAUUACAAAAUUCACCGGAGCUCAAUCUUGAACCGCAAUUACUGCAGAUAGCAGAGAUGUUAACGUCAUCGGGUCAUUACACUUCUAAGUCAAGCGAAUAG